AUGGCAACUGAUCCCCUCGGAAUCAUCGGACAAGCUGUUGGAGCUGCAGGACUAGACCCGCGUCCUACACAGCUGACAUCGCUUUUCCAGGGCGCAAACGAUGGCCCGGCCAGAACUGCAGCUAAAAUAACCGGUGUCCAGGGCCCUGGCAAGCGCGAAGACGAUGGACCCUACUUCACCAACAACGAAGGAAUUCCAUUCCCCGAUCCCGCACACAGCAAGACAGUAGGCGGUAUUCCUGUUGUGUCUGAUGCUUUCCUUCUCCAGAAGCAACAGACAUUCAACCGGUCCAAGAACCUGGAGCGAAUGGUUCAUCCUUGUGGUAGCGGUGCCUUUGGAUACUUUGAGACCACUAAGGAUGUCUCUUCCCUUACCAAGGCUCAUUUCCUACGAUCCACUGGUGUCAAAACUCCGGUCUUUGUUCGAUUCUCGACCGUCACUCUGGGUCGUGAAUUCCCGGAUCUGGCGAGGAACCCACGCGGUUUUGCGAUCAAAUUUUACACCGGUGAAGGAAACUACGACAUUGUCGGAUUGAACUUCCCGGUUUUCUUCUGCCGUGACCCUAUUCAAGGUCCAGAUGUCAUUCGCUCGCAAUAUCGCAAUCCCAAGAAUUUCCUCCUAGAUCAUACUUCACUUUUCGAUCUGCUUGCAAACACUCCAGAGGGCAACCACGCGGGAAUGAUGUUCUUUUCCGAUCAUGGAACGCCAAAGGGUUGGACGAACAAUCAUGGAUAUGGCUGUCAUACCUUCAAAUGGGUCAAUACCAACGGCGAAUUCGUCUACAUCAAAUACCAUUUCAUCGCCAAUCACGGCCAGAAGCAGUUCAACGCAGACGAAGCCCUAGAGUAUGGAGGCGAGGACCCCGACUGGUCGAAGCGUGACCUGUGGCAGGCGAUCGAGAAAGGAGAGGAGAUUACCUGGACUGCUCAUGUCCAAAUCAUGAAGCCGGAGGAAGCCGAUCCCCAGAAACUAGGAUUCGAUCCCUUUGAUGUGACUAAAGUCUGGCCGAAGGACCAGUUUCCGUUGCAUGAGUUCGGCAGAUUGGUUCUGAACAAGAACCCGGAAAACUUCCAUCGCGACGUCGAGCAAGCGGCCUUUUCGCCGGGAAGCAUGGUCCCUGGUAUCGAGGACAGCCCGGAUCCGCUCCUGCAGUUCCGUAUGUUCUUCUAUCGCGACGCGCAAUAUCACCGGAUCGGAGUGAACUUGCAUCAAGUACCGGUUAACUGUCCGUUCAUGACAUCCUCCUACUCGAGCCUGAACUUCGACGGCCAAAUGCGCGUGGACGCAAACCACGCCAUGAACCCUCAAUACGUGCCCAACAGCUUCGUGCACAAGUUCCGUCCAGAUACUGCGGAAGCUCCAUACCAAGUCUCGGACAGCUUUGUCGGUCGAAAGUCGCACUACUACCAUGAAGGCAAACCGUCAGAGUAUGAUCAACCACGGGAAUUGUAUCGCCGUGUGAUGGACGAUAAAGCCCGGCGUCAUCUACAUAAGAACACAGCUCGACUGCUGAAACUGGUGGAUACUAUUGAUGUUCAGAUCAAGUAUCUUGCACAGGUGUUCUGCAUUGCGCCUGAGUAUGCAAAGGGAGUGUAUGAUCAUCUCCCUCCUGAGCAGCAGAAGAAGUUCAGUUAUGCCGAUGUGGAGAAGCGUGCGAAUGGAGCUGAAAAAGCGGGCAAAGAGCCCAAGUUCAUGCCCAGUCUGCAGUCGGAUAAACUGGUGGGUAUGUGUCCUGCUAUGUCGGUUUACAAUGUGUGAUAGCUGGUCUGCUGUUUGGCUACUAGGCUGUUGUUAAUCUGAAUCUACCUGAAUUUUCGCCAUUCCAAACCAACAAGACCAUCAUAGUCUGGAAUGUCCUUGUGCUACAUUUGGGCGGGCGACUUACUCAAUCCUUGUCAUCAAUCGGACUGCUGUUGUGACACAAUGUAGGUCAGAUACGCAACCAUCCAGUAGGC